AUGUUUUUAAAAAGAAGCACUUGUUUGCUGUUUUUCCUGUUGUGUUCUCUGACCUUGUGGUGUAAGUCAACCAGCGCGGGCUCCAGCUUCCUCAGCCCUUCACAAAAACCUCAGAACAAAGGGAAGCCUUCCAGAGUCAGCCGCCAAGUCAUGGAGGAGCCUGAGGACAACCACAUCACAAUCAGUGCCCCCUUUGAAAUGGGCUUCACCCUGAGAGAGGAGGACUUUGAGGAGUACGGUACAGCGCUGCAGGAGAUCAUUCAGCGCCUGCUGGGAAACACAGAGCCUGCAGCAGAACAUUCCUCUGAGUGA